AUGAAUGAAUACAAUAUAGAAAUCAAUUUAGAUUCAUGUGGAUUUUGUCAAAAUCUUGAAGCAUUUUUAGUUUAUUUCGAUCAAACUAAUGAUAUAAACAAAUGCUUUGUUUAUACACCUAUAUUUAAUAUUCCAUCUCUUUUCGAAUACUUCCGUUUACAUGGCGCAAAUAUCAAUGUAAAAGAUGAAGACGGAAAAACCGCACUUCAUAUUGCAGCAAAGAAUAAUAAUAAAGAAACUGCCGAAGUUCUUAUUUCACAUGGUGCAAAUAUCAAUGAAAAAAAUAAAGAUGGAGUAACCGCACUUCAUUAUGCAGCAGAGAAUAAUAAUAAAGAAACUGCUGAAGUUCUUAUUUCACAUGGUGCAAAUAUCAAUGAAAAGUAA